GCUAUUGCUUUUAGUCAGUUCACGUCCUCUGUCCGGCAAAACCAAUUUUGGGAAAAACGAUUCGCAAACCAAGUUGAAAUUCGGAGAAAAAUUGCAACUAUUACGAAAGGAAAUCAGUUGAACAUAUAAAUUGUGAAGAUUAUGUAAAUCCCUUAAAAUGCGCGAAACGUGCAGCCGUAAAAUGUAGGCCAUUAGAUCAUUUCACGAGGAAUGCAAAUCUAUGUUAGUAAAUGUUCAAAAGUUGUGUUAUGAAUAGGACAUUGUGCAUCGUUCAGCUAACCAUCGCACUAACAAUGAAACCAAUUUUCUUGGUAAAUGAUCCCCGGCUACGAGAGUAAAUCAAUCGGCAGUGAUAAUGCGUGGCAAAUAUGAACCAAUAAAACUAUUUUCCUCCCCGUUUACUUUAAACGUUCCUCGCCUAUUCCAUAAGUAUUGCGGCCACGAUAUGAGAUGUUUGCAAUCAUUUGACCAGUUCAUCGCCCUGAUGUACCGUCCAACGGAUGCUGCAGCUCUGGGAGUGGCGAGAGUGCUGUUCGGACUGAUGAUGCUAAUAGACAUUCCCGAAGAGCGCGGAGGAGGCGAUCUGGAUUACCGGUGGGGUGAUCCAAAUGGAUGUACAUUUCCCCUCAUCAAUGGCAUGGAGCCGAUGAGCUAUCCAAGAAUGGGAAUAGUCUAUUUGCUAAUGUGGCUUGGAUCUUUGGGGAUCAUGCUGGGGUAUCGGUUCCGUCUGACCGCCUCAAUGUUUGUGAUUAGUUAUUGGUACGUGUUUCUGCUAGACAAAAGUGCAUGGAAUAACCACAGCUAUCUCUAUGGAUUACUCGGUACACUGUUCCUGUUUACUGGUGCAAAUCGAUAUUUAUCACUGGAUGCAUAUCGAGAUAGAACUUUGCAGCCCGUAGUUCCGUUUUGGAAUUAUUUUAUAUUGAAAUAUCAAUUUUUUAUAUUGUAUUUUAUUGCCGGAUUGAAGAAAAUGUGCGCCGAAUGGCUUUCAGGAUAUGCCAUGACUAAUUUGGGCUACCAUUGGGUGUUUUCACCUUUUAGAAUGAUUAUCGGCGUGAACCUAACAGAUUUGCUCAUCGUCCAUUGGUUUGGAUGCAUUUUUGACACAUCGGUCGUAUUCUUUUUGAUCUAUGCUCCAACACGUAGAGUCGCAACACUAUUUGCCAGUGCAUUUCAUCUGAUGAACUCUCGACUUUUCCACAUCGGAAUGUUUCCGUGGACAUGCCUAACGCAAUUACCCCUCUACUACAGCGCUAGUUGGCCUCGCUUAGUAUGGAAGAGAUUAUCGUCUUGGAAUCAGGACAAAUUAUCGGAAAACAACAAAAAGCCAAACCCGAAAUUAAUUGAAGAUCAACCAAAAAAGAAGAAAAUCGUAGUAUCCAUGAUGAUCAUCUACUGUGGAUUACAGUUGUUUAUACCAUACUCACACUUCAUCACCAAAGGUUAUAAUAAUUGGACGAACGGCCUCUACGGCUAUUCAUGGGACAUGAUGGUCCACGCUUGGGACACCGUGUUAAUAUCCAUAAAGGUUGUAGAUAACCUCAGAAAUCAAACUCUAUAUCUGCAAUCGUAUGCCUUCGUAGACAACGAUCGAUGGACCAAGCACGCGGAUAUGGCUUAUCAAUUUGCUCAAUGUAUCGAUCGGAAUGUGCGUGAGGAAUAUAAUGCCGAGAAACGAUUGUUUACCAAUUUUUCCAUCUACUUCGAUAUCUGGUGCAGUCUCAAUGGUCGUUUUCUGCAGCGUAUCUUCAACCCCAACGUAGAUGUUUUGUCUGCCGAAUGGUCACCAUUCAGAACCGCAGACUGGUUGUUACCGCUUCUCCACGAACUCACCGAAAUGCGAUCGAUGAUCACUGCCUUAACGAAGGAUGUUCACUCUUGGAGUAAUAAUUCUGAUGUCUUAUUUGUCGCCGACUUUCCGGGAUUUACCUUAGACAACUACAUUGUUCCUGAAAUGACCAAUGUCACAUUGACAGUAUUGGAUGGAAGUAUUGAGUACACUUAUAGUAAUAACACCGAACCAACGCGUCUUUUUAAAGGGCAACGUUUGGAAGAUAUUCAAUCCUCAUUUCAUCAUGUAAAAACUACUAGUCAGACUCCAUCAUCUAUGGUGUACACGUAUGCCAAUAAAUCUAUGAAUGCUGCACCUAGCGAAAAAGAGCUUAUGGAGCGGCAGCAAUCGAAACCAAUACUGCCGCUGUGGGAGGAACUCAGUCAUAGAUAUGACAACUAUGUCAGAUUUUUCCAGCAUGUUGGAAAUUCGUUGCUGUAUGAGAUUUAUGGUGUCCCAAUGCCGAGAAGGAUAAGAAUUACCCCCGAUGAAGAUGCUUGGACAAAUGAGUACAAGUGAAUGAAUCUGCAAACCUCGUAUUCAUUGCACACGAAAAGAAAUCCUUCGAAUUAGAAGUGGUCCUAAUGCGUUUAAAAU